CCGAAUUCAACGAACAUGUCCUCCCCAACUCCCGUUUGGUUCAUCACAGCCGCCAGCUCCGGAUUUGGCAAAUACAUGGCCUUCGAAGCUCUCUCGCGCGGCCACAAAGUCAUUGCUAGCGCCCGCAGCACCACCAGAAUCCAGGAUCUCAAGGAAGCUGGAGCUGACAUAGUUACUCUAGACGUGACUUCCCCCCUCCCUGAGUUGCAGAAGACUGCGAAAGAAGCCAAUGACAAACACGGCUACAUCACGCAUCUUGUUAAUGCUGCAGGAUACAUCCUCGCGGGUGCGGUGGAGGAGACCUCACCACAAGAAGAUUUUGAUCAUUUCAAUACAAAUGUCUUCGGCAUGCUCAACGUCAGCAAAGCCUUCCUACCCUACCUCCGCAGCACCUGCGGCGAAAAGACAAUCUCGAACUUCGGCUCCAUUGCAUCGUGGGUGGGAGGAGCAGGCUAUGCGCUUUACAGCGGUUCCAAAUGGGCUUGUUCUGGGAUUUCUGAAGCUAUGCGCGCUGAGCUCGCGCCUUUCAAUAUCAAAGUGACUUCCAUAGAGCCGGGAUAUUUCAGAACGGGAUUUUUGAACCCUGCUGCGAGGGUUGAAUCGGCAGUUCGGAUUAAGGCAUAUGAUGAGACGGAGGUUGGAGCCCUGCGGAAGAAAUUUACGGAGGUGGAUAAUAAUCAGCCUGGGGACGUGAAGAAGGGAUGUAAGGUGCUGAUUGAUAUUUUGACGCACACUGGUCUUGCUGAGGGCAAAGAAAUCCCGAUUCGAGUAGCGCUAGGGUCAGACUCCCCACUGGUGAUUAUGAACAAGAUUAGACAGACUGAGGAUUUGUUGAAGGAGUGGGAUCUGAUUACCACAAAUACGGAUCAUGAGUGA